AUGGCGAAUAACCCAGGGAGUUCCAUGAUGGAGGGCCUUCUGGAAGUCCAUCCCGACCUAGAUGUGGCAGUGAUAACAUGUCCGAAACGAAAGCAAACAAAGAAUCACAUGAACAAACUCACACCCAACAACGUGCCUUCAGGAAGCAUGGGAAGAGAGACCAGGCGAAAGAGGACUUUCAUCUCUCCUUCUCAAACAAGGGUCCUUGUGCAAGCCUUUGAGAGGGAUCGAUUUCCAUCUAUUGCUGCCAGGGAAGAAUUGGCUCACCAGACAGGAAUUCCCGAACCUCGAAUCCAGAUAUGGUUCCAGAACCGAAGAGCUCGGCACCCAAAGCAGAGCGCUAGUGGGCCUGUGAAUGCCUUAGCCAAAGGCCCUGAUGUCACAUCAGCUGUGACUGCCCUGUCGGACCAAAGCACCCUGCCCACUGUCCAUAGAAGCUCUCAUCGUUAUCGUCCCUCUCAAGCACCUGAUAGCAUGCAAUCCCUUGCUGCGGCCACUGCUCUUUUCUCCCCCUUCUUUCUUGUGCCAGAGGCUUCCUAUGGGUGCUGUGUGGGCCAGCCGUUGAUGUUCAUCAUGCUCCAGCCCAGCCUGGCAGCCCUUCAGAGAUGCCAGAACCCACAGCCUCUUCUGGCCACAGUUCCGUGGGGCGAACGGUCACAUGCUCUCAUCGCCAGUGGGCAGCCUGCCCAGGGGGCCAUCUGGCCACCUGCACCACCAGAGACACACUUCUGGCAGCAGCAGGCAAGCUCAGGUGAAGAGACAUCUCCCCAGCUGGAGCAACAGCCCCAGCGCUCAGCCCUUACAGGCUCCUCAAGCCUCCUGGAUGAACUCUUGUCAGACGUGGACAUUCUGGACAAGGCAGGCCCUUUUCUGAAUGUGGACACAGAGGAAGAGGAACUUGCAGCAACCCUGGAAGCCCCCCUUAGCGAGGAAGAAUUCAAGACCCUGCUUGACAUACUGCCAGGCUCCCCAGUGCCACAGGUUUAG